CAUCCCAUCUGCCACAUAGCACUCUUUCUCACUGCAGUAGAAUGUCUGUUAAACAUGGAAUGGAGAGAAUUGUGACCUACACAAGAGUUACAGAUCCAAAUUCCACCGAAGGAAACCAGUUCAGUUCAAGGAGAGGAGCACAUAUUUUCACAUGAGGUGUUGAAUACGCCUCAACCUAAUAAUCAUGACCCUUAAGUUGCUGUCCACAGCCAGUUGCUCUAUGAAGUCAAUUUUCCAUCCUGCCGUUCUUGGCCAUUCUUGGGAAAUUUUCCUUGGCCCUGGGAUCUCACUGAGGCACCCGUGUUUCUAUCACAGGAUUCCUCCACCAGCCAAGUACGGCGGCCGGCACACAGUGACUAUGAUUCCUGGAGAUGACAUUGGGCCUGAACUCAUGAUGCAUGUCAAGAGUGUGUUCCAAUGUGCAUGUGUGCCUGUGGACUUUGAGGAGGUGCGGGUGACCACCACAUCUGGUGAGGAGGAGAUUCAUAAUGCCAUCAUGGCAGUGCGUCGAAACUCUGUGGCUUUAAAGGGCAGCAUUAAAACCGACCACACCAAGCCACCUUCUCACAAAUCCUACAACAACUUGCUGCGCACCACCCUGGACCUCUAUGCCAGUGUUACCCAUUUCAAGAACCUGCCGAAUGUGAACACUCACCACCAGGGCAUAGACAUCUUGGUCAUACGGGAAAACACGGAGGGUGAGUACAGCAACCUGGAGCACGAAAGUGUGAAAGGCGUGAUCGAGAGCCUAAAGAUCAUCACGAAGGCCAAGUCUUUGCGCAUUGCUGAGUACGCCUUCCAGCUGGCGCAGAAGAUGGGGCGCAGAAAAGUUACAGCUGUGCACAAGGCCAACAUCAUGAAGCUGGGAGACGGACUCUUUCUCGAGUGCUGCAGGGAGGUGGCGUCCCACUAUCCUCAGGUCGCCUUAGAGACCAUGAUUGUGGACAAUGCUACCAUGCAGCUGGUGACCUGGCCUCAACAGUUUGACGUCAUGCUGAUGCCCAAUCUUUAUGGUAACAUCGUCACCAGCAUCUGCACAGGGUUGGUGGGGGGCUCAGGCCUUGUACCUUCAGCCAACUAUGGCUGCUUGUGCGCAGUGUUUGAGACAGCCGCAAGGCAACUGAACAAGAAUCCAGCGGACUGGAACUGGGUCAAUCCAACUGCCAUGCUGCUGGCGAGCUGCAUUAUGCUGGAUUACCUCCGCCUGCACUCCCACGCCGCCACAAUUCGCGCUGCGGUCUUGGCAUCCUUGGGCAAUAAAAAUAUUCAAACACCAGAUAUCGGAGGCCAGGGUUCCAUGAUGGAAAUUAUUCGACAUAUUAUUGACCACAUCCGAUAUGCCAAUUAAAUGAUUGGUCCUUGGAAACCAUUAUCACCCAAAGGCCUUUGUUGUCCUGUUCUGUUCCUGCCCAUCCUUAGAAUCCUUGCCAGCUUGGCUAAUGUUUCCUCCAGAAUAAGCCAUCUACUGUGGUGCAAUAGGUGUGUGAGUGGACCAAGACUGAUCUUUUCCCAUAACAUUGCUUAUUUAAAUUCGCCAAAUCUAUUGCCUUGUAAGUAAACCAAGGACUCUUUCCUUUUUAAUCCACAAUUUUCACCUACCUGUGUUAGGACACAUUGAAUAAAUCGGAGCUGUUUUGGAGGACAAGGGUUUCCAGAACCUGGCACACUGCUAUCCAAGCGGUAAAAAUUCAGCAGAAACAGUGCACAAGAAGUCUGGCUUUUCUCUAGAAGUUAUUAAUAAGUUAACUAGUGCAGUGCAUCCUGCCUGCAACAUACAGAUGGCAGCUUUAUUAAUAAAUAAGGUAAUGCAAAGCUGCGCUGUCACAGACUGC